CGCGGGAGGCGUCCUCCUCACGAGCAGCGCUGGGCUGGGCUGAGGCGGUUGCUGCCGGCCCGCCCGCCCGCCCGCCGCUCCUUCCUCCCUCUCUCCUCUCCGGGACGCCUCCCCGCACCGCCGCGCCGGCAGCCGCCCAGCAGCCCUUCCCCGCUGCCGGAGCCCCGCGACCGAGGAGGGACCGAGGAGAGCCUCGCCGGCCGCUCCCUCCCACGCCGCCAUGGCCGGGCACAGCGGUCACCCCCGCGCCAGCGCCGCCUGCAUCGUGAUUGGAGAUGAUGAACAAGGAUAUGACCUAGACUUGUUUUGCAUACCAAAACAUUAUGCAGAAGAUUUAGAAAAAGUAUAUAUUCCUCAUGGGCUUAUUAUGGACAGAACAGAAAGACUGGCACGAGAAAUCAUGCAGAGUAUGGGAGGGCAUCACAUUGUGGCUCUCUGUGUACUUAAAGGGGGCUACAAGUUCUUUGCUGACUUGCUGGAUUAUAUCAAAGCCCUGAAUCGAAACAGUGACAAGUCUAUCCCUAUGACCGUUGACUUCAUCAGGCUGAAGAGCUAUUGCAAUGACCAGUCCACUGGUGAUAUAAAGGUAAUUGGUGGGGAUGACCUCUCAACCUUGACUGGCAAGAAUGUCUUGAUUGUAGAAGAUAUAAUUGACACUGGUAAGACAAUGAAGACUCUUCUGUCUCUGCUUAAGCAGUACAACCCAAAGAUGGUGAAGGUAGCCAGCUUGUUGGUCAAAAGAACACCUCGAAGUGUAGGAUACCGUCCUGACUUUGUUGGGUUUGAAGUACCAGAUAAGUUUGUGGUGGGAUAUGCUCUAGAUUACAAUGAAUACUUCAGAGAUCUAAAUCACAUUUGUGUCAUAAGUGAGACUGGGAAACAGAAAUACAAGGCAUGACAGCAGUUGCUCCAGCACCACAGUUACGGGACUUUGAAAUGUGCACCCACAGUGUCCAUUUUCCUCUGCCUUUGGCUCUGGUCACCAGCUUAAAAUUGUAGAGUUCUCCAACUUUGUUGUCAUUUGCUUGCUAUAACUUAUUGCAUGUACAGUAUAAUAACCUCAUCUUGUUCAUUUACAUUUGAAAAACAAAAAGGGGGUGCCGUUGUGUGUUCUCUCUUUCUCUUUCCUUUUUUAAGAAAAUUGCACUAUGAAUCUACUGAUUCUAGCUCCUUUCCUAGUGGGAUUUGCUGUGUGUUUGACCCCCAAACAUAUUCCUCCCUCCCCGCUUUUAAACUUCAGAACUCAAAUAGUUUUAAGUACUGUAAAUGUAUAAGGCAUUUUAAGAUGGGAAAUUAUAUUAGUAAUAUUUUUUUAAAAAAACCAAGUAAUUUAAGUUUUAUAUAGUAAUGAAAGCAGAAAUUAAGGUGAUUAUUGGAUAUCCAGGGUGUGCCACCACCCUACAACAGAGGCAUGAUGCUCUUGAAGGAGUAUGGAUAAUGUUAUGCUAAACUGCUUUCUCUGUAGUUGCCUUACUUGCCUCUUACAGGAGCUCUGCACAAAAAAUAAUGCCAUUUCAGCCUGAAAAGAGAGCAAGUGACAUAUAGAAUGUUGAAGCAGCUACCAGGCUUUCCACCUCCUAUAAAAUUAAUUGUAUAGUCCACCUGGAACUUCUCUUACACAAACCCAAGGGAAGAAGAAAAUGGGAAUUGAUUCACAUCAGGAUUGCCCCCUCCAAGCUCCAGGUGGAAUCUGUCUUAAUUUUCCUUUCCCUUCUCCAUCAGUUGAGCAAAACUGCCUUUCAGAACUAUCUUCCUGUAUUUCACCUCAAUGAAAAAUGAUUGUAAUGUUGACUGUAUGCACAACCAACAUACUUUUAAAUAAAGGCUGUUUCUCCAAAGGUAGCA